UAAAAAAUCUUUUUGUUUCCUUUGAUAAAUGUUUUCAUUGCUUGCACCCAUGUAUUCCUAUUCCACAACGGUACAGUAAUAAUGAAGUUUUGUAAAUAAAAAAAAAACAAUAAGAAAGUGCAAGUUACAUAGCCCGAUAUAUUAGUGCUUCAAGAUAGCUCAACAAAUUAAUGCUUCAACAUAUUUCACACAGAUCUUGCUCAGAUUAAUUAAGCAAUAAUGGCUACAGCUUCAUUUGCAGAAAAUGAUACACUGCUCAACAACUCAAUGGGCCAAGUGAGCAUAUAUAGGCCCGAAACCAACGAUGAACUCUGGAAGGAAUGCACAACUUGGCUUACGCGAUGGGAAGUGCUUAGAUCUGAUCACAAGGCCAACUGGCCGACCGCUUCUAUUGUAGAUUUGGCGAAUAUACUAAGAGAUGGUGUAUUGCUUUGUAAAUUACUUAGUAAAAUAGAUCCUGUUUGUAUAGAUAUGAAAGAUGUCAACUUAAAACCUACUUUAGCGCAAUUUUUGUGUCUAAGAAAUAUCAAUCUAUUUUUAAAAAUAUGUGAGAAAAAUUUUGCACUGAAACAGUCUGACUUAUUUGAAGAUACCAUGUUAUUUGAUCUGACGAAUUUCCAUAAAGUAUUAUGUACAUUAUCAAAGCUUUCUUUGUGUUCAAAAGCCAGGUUUCAAGUACCGGGAUUUGCCGCCCAAAAACUGAAAAGAGAGGAGGAAAUGAUAUUUCAGAGUCUCAGGAGUGUCACGAUACCUUUGCAAUCGGACACGAAUUACGCCCGUCCGAAUUGGUUACAAUUUAGGAUACCGUGUUCGCAAUCCGCCGAUUGGGAGGAAGAUGUGUACGGCGAUUUGUGUUAUGUCACUCUUGCGUCCACCGUGCCGGAGCAUCCUCAACCGACUGAAAAAAGGGAUUUUGUGAUCAAGGAACUAUUAGAUACUGAAAAAAAUUACGUUGAUGUUUUGGAGAAAUUAAGGAAAAAUUUUAUGCUACCAUUAAUUAAUCAAAUGAAGCCAGAACAUCACACACUUGUAUUUUUUAACAUUAAGGAUUUAAAAGAUGUACAUGCAGAAUUUCUUGAGGAAUUAUUUCGCAUCCGUACACAUCCAAGUACCAGAAUUAGUAAUAUUUUUAUGAGAUUUAGGGAAAAGUUUUUAAUUUAUGGAAUGUAUUGUGCCAAUCUGACGAAAGCUACGCAAAUAUUACAAGAAUUAUGUGACUCUGACGAAUAUUUUAAUCAAACUGUUAUCAAAUAUGAAAAAGAAGUUAAUAAUGGUAGGUUUAAGUUAAGGGAUGUAUUAUCUGUGCCAAUGCAACGAAUUCUCAAAUAUCACCUGUUGUUGGACAAACUUAUUGAACAUACUAGUGAGUCUCACGAAGAGUACAAUGAUCUGAAAAGAGCCAGAGAAACGAUGAUAGAUGUAGCAGGCUAUAUCAACGAAGUAGCAAGAGACAGCGAACAUUUAGAAGUGAUAAAUAAUUUGCAAGAAACAAUAACGGAAUGGAAUCUCGCGCCUAAUCAAAAAUUAUCAGACUAUGGUCGACUGGUGAAGGACGCGAGCCUUAGAAUUAAGGCUCACGACGACCAGAAGAAUAAAAAUAGAUAUGUGUUUAUUUUUGACAAGUGUAUUUUGAUCUGUAAACAAUUGAAGGGUAACCAGUUUGCCUUUCGUGAUCUCAUAAAUAUAGCAGAUUAUCACGUUGACGAAAUCCACAAUAGGCCUGUCUUAAAUAAAGAAGCCCGAUCAUUUUACCAGUUUUGUCUUGUAAAAAACGACAACCAAAACGCCUAUACAAUAUCUUUGCGAACCGCAGAGCUCAAGCAACAAAUAAUCAAAGCCAUUAAGGAUUGUAUAGAUAAUCUCAAACCGAAGGAAUUAAAACACACCAGCCACAAUUUUGAGCUUCACACGUUUCUUCAACCCACUCCCUGUAUGUUCUGCUCGAAGUACCUUAAAGGCCUAAUUUCUCAAGGUUACAAGUGUUCUACGUGUGGCAUAAGCGUGCAUAAAUCGUGCAUCCACAAAGCGGGAAAAUGCGGCCACAAUGUAGUUACUAGCAACUCCAUGACAAACGGAUUCAAUGAUCCGUUACGGGACAAGUUGUGGUUCGUCGGGGAAAUGGAUAGGGUUAGCGCUAGUAUGAAGUUGGAAAGGAGAGAGAACGGGACAUUUAUGGUUCGCCUCAGGCCUCAGUGCGACACAAACGACAUAUAUGCCCUAACAUUAAAGACUGAUACAAUAAAACAUAUGAAGAUAUGUUGUAUAACUGAACCCCAGGGAAGGGACUCCAAAAAGUAUUAUUUGUCUCAAUCGAAGUUUUUCAACAGUAUUGAAGAACUAGUGCUCAAUUAUCAAAAUUACAGUCUCAACGAAAAUUUUAAUGGGUUGGCCGAAGACACGAAACUAUUAUGGCCGUUUCGACAAUUGAAAGCAGUGGUUGUUAACAAUUAUGAUGCGAAAGAUAAAUUUCAAGUUAGUUUAAGAGUAGACGAAGUUGUCAUUAUUAUUGGUAAAGAGGGUUACAAAGAAGACUUUUGGAAAAUUAGAACUACAAUGAAUGAGGUCGGAUUCGUCCCAUCUCGUAUACUGAACGUGGAAGGAGAAGUUAGAUUUGAAUCUUAACAAUGUACGAUCAUCAAAAUUGUGUUACUAGUCAAGAAAAAGAAAAAUGUUGAAACUGCAAUAAUAGUUAGACAUACUCAACGAUGUUUAUGUGUAAAUAAUUUAUAAAUGUUGAUUUUAUAGAAUUUUUUAUAGGUCUUAAAUCAUUUCUUAUAUACGUCUAUAUUUUAUAUAUAUAAAAAGAACUUUAUAAUUUAUAGCAUGAUAAAUAAAGUACAAUUAUUGUUCAUGAAA